AUGCUUAUUGAGGGUCGAAUACACUUGCCACUACGUCGUCCACGUCAUGCGCCUCUGGUCUCCCGGAAAUCCAUUAUUUACCUGUGCACUAUCAUACUCUUAUCAACCGUCCUUGGCGUUCAGACGCUCUAUAUGGGGCAGAAGCUUCCAACUUCUCCUACAGGACGCGAAUUUGGUGGGUGUGGAGAUAGUGUAGCAUCAGCAAGAGCUCUCGGCUGUCGUUUUGAGCCCAUGUCCUGGCAAUGGGUCCCAGAGGCAUGCUAUUAUGCUGAGCUCAUCGAGUCUUUCAAAGAAACAACGGAAUGGCGCUUCUAUGGAGACUAUAAGCUGGAGUCAAAGGACGAGCUAGACUGUGCUGAGAUUCUCGCUGGCGAUCAUGAGGUUGUCUACACAUCUGACAAGUAUCAUCUUGUUCACUGUGCAUAUCAGUGGAUCAAAGUGCAUCAAGCUUGGGUCAACCAAAAACCAAUUGAUAACACUGCCAUUGCACUGGGACACUCGAAACAUUGUCUAAUGAAUGUCUUGAAUCCUUACACAGGGAAGCUUGGAGCUGGUAAUUGCACUGCGGAUGGAAUUUGCGUCACCAGGCUAAAAGCUAGUUUCGGUACUUGUGGGUUCUAUUGA